GGGUUUCGUUAUUAAUUAGAUUUGAUAAAUUGCAAUUGUAGUAACAAUUUUGUGUUGUUUCGUUUUCAGAUGGAUUCGAGACAUAACUUCAUACUAUCCAAGAUUGCUGAUUACGUAGGAGCAGAUUUGGCUGUGAUUGAAGACUUCGCGUUGGGAGAUGAUAAAUUUGACCAAAUUGAAGAUUUUUUUGCUACAGAUGGAUCAAGGAAAAUAAUGUUUUUCUAUCAGGAAUGCAAUAUAAACAGAGUCGACCUAAGCUCACAGGCUGCCAAUUCACCCAGAAAACUCUUUAUCACAGGAGGGAACACAGAGGAACUCUGUGGUACUUGCCUAAUAUUUCUCCGUUCAUCAACCAAGGCAAUUACAAUACAAAACAUUGCUCAGGAAGUAAACUUUAUGGCAAUGGAUGUGUCCAAGGGUGAUGUUCUAGAAGGAUUUCAAAAACUUCUUGGAAGUGUUAUGAUCCCUGCACUUCAGAAACAAGAGAAUUGGGGUGAGCUUCCAAGUAACAGUGGGCAAGUACAAGAAUUCCUGGAGUCGCUUGAUAAGUUUGUUGGAAUUUUGGGUGGAGCCAGAAGUAGCCUGAAAGGGAGAGUUCAGCUCGGUGAUCAUGACUUGGGACCAUUACUUGAUGGACUCAGAACCCCUACAGAUUAUGUACUUGCUGCAAAUAAUCCUGAUGUGUUGGACAAACUUGAGGGUCUUGUAGCCCUGUGGUCCAAAGUAAUUGAGCAAGUUCUUGCUGAGAGUGAACAGAUGAGAAAAGAGGCUGAUGACAUUGGUCCAACAGCAGAACUUGAACACUGGAAAGAAAGGAUGGCCAAGUUUAAUGUCCUUCUGGACCAGGUGAAGAGUCCUCACUGCAAAGCCACUGUAGGAGUUCUGCAUGCAGCUAAAUCAAGAAGUCUAAAACACUGGAAGGAGUUGGAUAGUCGGAUAACAGAUGCUGCUAAUGAAGCCAAGGACAAUGUGAAAUAUCUGUACACACUGGACAAGUUUUUUGGACCUUUAAUCAAGUGCUCUCCGACAGAAAUGGUGGAACACAUUCCCAGUUUAAUGAAUGCCAUCCGAAUGAUCCACAGCAUCUCCCAGUACUACAACACUUCUGAGAGAAUGACAUCUCUUUUUGUCAAAGUCACAAACCAGAUGAUAACUACUUGUAAGGCUUACAUCAAUCGAGAUGUUAUGAAGAUCUGGGAACAUUCAAGGGAGGUGUUGUCUGGAAGAUUGAAUGAGUGCAUUAGGCUCAAUGAAGAGUACCAGAGGUGUUUUCAUCGAACCAAGCAAAAGCUGCGAGAAAAUCCAAAUGAAAGACAAUUUGAAUUCAGUGAGAAUUACAUCUUUGGUAAAUUUGAUGCAUUCUGCAAGAGACUGGAAAAGAUUAAUGACAUGCUAAACACCAUGGAAACUUUUGCUGGUGUAAAUAACAUCAAAAUUGAGGGCAUGGAGACCAUGAUUGUGCGCUACAAUUCGAUAGUGACAAGUGUGAAAAAGAAAGGUUACGACUUGUUGGAUCACAGAAAAGGAGAGUUUGAUCUUGACUAUGAGGAAUUUAAACAAAGCAUCGAUGGAUUGAAACAACAGUUGCAAAUGUUUGUUGACUCUUGGUUUGAGAAACCACUGUCUACCUUGAGGGCUCUAGAGCUCCUGCAAAAAUUCCAAAACAUAGCAGGAGUUCAAUUGUAUCUCCAUGACAAGUACCAGAGGAUUCUUCUGCAGUAUGGCAGGGAUCUUGAAACAUGCAAGAAAUUGUACCAGAAACAGAAAAAUGAUCCACCAAUUCUCCGAAACUUACCACCAGUGGCUGGUAAAAUAACCUGGGCUCGCCAGCUUUUUAGAAGAAUUCAUGAGCCAAUGAGAGUAUUCAAGACAUACCCUGAAAUCUUAAAGGGGGAAGAUGCAAAGAGAAUCAUUCGUAAUUACAACAAGAAUGCAGCUGUGCUUGUAGAAUUUGAGUUACUUUAUCAUCGUGGCUGGUUCAAAGCAGUGGAACUUGCUAAAAGUGGGUUAAAUGCAUCACUGCUUGUCAGACACCCAGAAACCAAGAAACUCUUUGUGAACUUUGAUCCACAAAUCCUCGAGUUAAUCCAGGAAGCAAAAUGUAUGCGACGGCUGAACCUCGAGAUCCCUGAGGCAGCUCAAGUUAUGUGCCUGAAAGAGGAGCAAUUCAAAACAUGCAACAACCGACUUCAAGAGGUUUUGAAGGAGUAUGAUGGAGUUGUUGCAGAUAUUCCAGAAAAUGUGCUACCCCUUAUGAAACCAUUUACCAGCCGUGUAGAUGAAACUAUCAAGCCUGGUUUGACCAUGCUAAACUGGACGUCCCUGAAUGUCUACUCGUACAUCAACAGCAUUCAAAAAUCAGUAAAAGGACUGGAGAUUCUUACAAAAGGGGUAAAAGACAUGCUUGAGUGCCGUAUAGAGGCAGCAUUGCAAGACAUUGAGUUAACGCGACUCUGCGAUCUUCCUGAUGAUGAAGCUGUCACUGUAGAGGAAUUUGUUGAUGUGACUGAAAGAACUUGCCAAGAGGCUGCAGAAUCGUUGUCCAAGUACAACCAUUUAGUGGAGUCGUCAGUGAACAUCCUUCUUCAAACUCUAAAAGACAACUUAAAGCCAUCAGAAUUAACAGGACUUGAUAAGGAAAACUACCCAUGCCUGUACCCCGAAUCAAAGCAAGCAAAGAACAACAAAGGGAACAGAUGCUGGGAAUGCAUGCCAUGUUGCUAUUGGAGCUUGUUCAUCUUUUUUAAUCAGAGAUGCAUUGAAGCUUUGGUGAAAUCCAAAAGGCAGUCACUGGAUGCCAUUAAACGGCGCAUGCAAGCAGCUAGCAAACACAGCAAGGACAGCAGUGAUGCAGAUGCGAAAUCGCCAGCUCUUUUCAAGGCGGAUAUUGUUUUAGAGAUCCCAUCAAUAGUAAUGAAACCAAGUUUGGAUGACAUUCAGCAGGCAUUGAACAAAACUGUCCAGAUCAUGCUUAAAACGACACAGAAUGUCUAUGAAUGGGAACAACAUGGAGUGAUUCAUCAGCCUCCAAUCAUUGUCGCAGAAGAAGGAAAAGUUCUUCCUCCUUUGGUCCCCAAAUCUCUUUACAAGAUUGUGUCUGAGCACAAAGAUGUCACAAAGGUGGUCAUUACUUUGAGUUCAGUUGUAAGUUCACUGAAAAUGGACGCCACAAAAAUCUUAGAAGAAAUGGACCAGUUCAAGGAACUAUGGAAUCAGGAUCCCAACACAAAAGUCAAGGAAUUCAUGGAGUCCAAGCCAUUGCUGUCAGACUUUGAUGCACAGAUCAAGUAUUAUCAGCGGCUGGAAACUCAGAUUGAGGAGUUACCUGGAAGUUAUCACAUUGGACCUGUUGAGUAUCUCACUGAUAGAAUCAAAGAAGCUUUGGUCACUGAAACUAAGGCCUGGAAGCAGGCAUUUGGCAAGGCACUGGCAGAGAAGGCAAGUGCAGACAUGGAAGAAAUCUUCUUGUUCAUUGACAACCUCAACAAGCGACUUGCGCGUGGUAUUAAGGAUCUUGAUGAUGUGAGAAGCAGUAUGGCUGCCCUCAGUGAGAUACGAGAGUCAGAAAUAAGGAUUGACAUGACAAUUGGCCCGAUUGAGGAAUCAUUUGCUAUGAUGAAUCGCUAUGGCCUGGUUUAUUCAAGCAGUGACGCUGAAAGAGUUGAUGGUCUGACUUACGCGUGGCGUAAAUUACAUGCCCAGGCUGGUACAGUAGCAAGUCACCUGCUUCAGAUCCAACCGACAUUCAAGGCUGAUCUCUUGGAUGGUGUGGAGAAGUUCAAAGUUAUGGUCACCUCAUUUGUUCAGGAAUACAACGAAAAAGGCCCCAUGGUACCAGGCAUUCCUCCACGAGAAGCUAGCGAUCGCUUGGGCAUUUUCCAAGCGCGAUUUGACGAACUGUGGAGAAAGUAUGAAACGUACUCUGGUGGCGAGGAGCUGUUUGGUUUGACAAUGACUGAGUAUCCAAACUUACAGAGAAUCAGAAAAGAACUGAGCCUGCUUCAGAAACUGUACAACUUAUACAACUCUGUCAUCGAUAAUGUCAACGGUUACUACGACAUUCUGUGGCAGGAGAUUGACAUCGAGAAGAUCAACAAUGAACUGUUGGAAUACCAGAACAGGAUUCGCAAACUGCCGAAAGCUCUGAAGGAGUGGCAAGCCUUUUUAGACCUCAAGAAGACAAUUGACGAUUUCAGCGAAUGUUGUCCACUUCUGGAAAUGAUGGCUCACAAGGCGAUGAAGCAGCGCCAUUGGGAGAGAAUCUCCACCAUCACCGGUGUAACGUUGGAUGUGGAAUCUGAGACGUUCCAGCUCAGACAACUGAUGAGUGCUCCUUUGUUACCAAACAAGGAAGACAUCGAGGAUGUUUGCAUCGCUGCAGUGAAAGAACGUGACAUUGACUUCAAGCUGAAGGGAGUGGUGUCUGAGUGGAGCACGCAAGUGUUUUCAUUUGCAAACUUCAAGAAUCGUGGCGAGCUGCUCCUCAAAGGAGGAGAGACUUCUGAUAUCGUGUCCUUGAUGGAAGACAGUUUGAUGAUACUCGGUUCUUUGCUUAGCAACAGGUACAAUGCUCCAUUCAAAGCGGACAUUCAGAAGUGGGUAGCGAAACUGACGGGUUCUACAGAGAUUAUCGAGAACUGGUUGGUUGUGCAGAACUUGUGGGUUUACUUAGAGGCUGUGUUUGUGGGUGGAGACAUUGCGAAACAGCUACCUCAGGAAGCAAAGCGUUUCAGCCAGAUUGACAAAUCCUGGGUGAAGAUCAUGAGCCGAGCCCACGAAAACUCCAAUGUAGUGCAGUGCUGUAUGGGUGACGACACGCUGGGACAACUGCUACCACACAUUCUGGAACAGCUCGAGAUUUGUCAGAAAUCUCUCAGUGGGUAUCUGGAAAAGAAGCGCCUGGUGUUCCCACGUUUCUUCUUCGUGUCAGAUCCUGCCUUGUUGGAAAUCUUAGGUCAGGCCAGUGACUCACACACUAUCCAGGCUCACCUGCUUGGUGUGUUCGAUAACGUGAAGACAGUUUCGUUCCACGAGAAAGACUAUGACAAGAUUCUUGCCAUCAACUCUCGCGAGGGAGAGUCUGUGAACUUGGAUAAUCCAGUUAUGGCCCAGGGAAAUGUGGAAGUGUGGCUGAACACACUUUUGAUGGAAUCCAGAUCUUCUUUACACUCUGUCAUCCGCACCGCCUCGAUUGCCAUCAAAGAUCCCAGUUUCAAGCUCAAAGAUUUCUUGGAUACUUAUCCAGCACAGGUCGGUUUGCUUGGAAUACAAAUGAUCUGGACAAGAGAUGCAGAAGACUCCUUAACAUAUGUAAAAUCAAACAAAAAGAUCAUGGAUGAGAGAAACCAGUUUUUCUUGAACAUGUUAAACGAGUUGAUCGAGAUCACCACACAAGAACUAACAAAAGUGGAACGUGUCAAGUUUGAAACCCUUGUCACCAUUCAUGUUCAUCAAAGGGACAUUUUUGAUGAACUGUGUCGCAAGAAUAUCAAGGUGCCGACAGAUUUCGAAUGGCUGAAACAGUCACGAUUCUACUUCCGUGAAGAGACUGAUGAAUGUAUCGUGUCCAUCACUGACGUUGACUUUUCUUAUCAAAAUGAAUUCUUGGGCUGUACAGACAGACUCGUCAUCACUCCCUUGACUGACAGAUGUUACAUCACUCUGGCCCAGGCUCUUGGAAUGUCAAUGGGUGGUGCCCCUGCUGGGCCGGCAGGAACUGGAAAGACAGAGACAACAAAGGAUAUGGGUAAAGCCCUGGGUAAAUUUGUUGUCGUCUUCAACUGCUCUGAUCAGAUGGACUACCGUGGCUUGGGUCGAAUUUAUAAAGGCCUAGCCCAGUCAGGCAGUUGGGGCUGUUUUGACGAAUUCAACCGUAUCGAGCUACCCGUGUUGUCAGUGGCUGCACAACAGAUUCACGUGGUGCUCACGUGCAAGAAAGAGCGAAAGAAAAUGUUCAUAUUCACUGACGGUGACGAGGUUGACAUGGACCCAGAGUUCGGCAUCUUCUUAACAAUGAACCCAGGCUAUGCUGGACGACAAGAGUUGCCAGAAAACUUGAAGAUCAUGUUUCGUACAGUGGCCAUGAUGGUGCCGGACCGUCAGAUCAUCAUCCGAGUGAAACUGGCUGCUAGCGGCUUCAUCAGGAAUAUUAACCUUUCCCAAAAGUUCUUCACGCUCUACAAACUGUGCGAGGAGCAGCUCACCAAACAGGUGCAUUACGAUUUUGGUCUUCGUAACAUCUUGUCCGUGCUUAGAACUCUUGGAGCAGUGAAGAGAGCCAAUCCUGAGGACAGUGAAGAUCGUAUUGUGAUGAGAGUUCUUCGCGACAUGAACUUGAGCAAGCUUGUGGACGAAGAUGAACCACUCUUUAUGAGCUUGAUCGACGACUUGUUCCCAGGCCUCACUCUUGACAAAGCUGGGUACCCGGAUAUUGAGCAGGCCAUUGCUGAUGCUGUUGAAGAAGUUAAGCUUGUUAAUCACCCUCCCUGGACGCUCAAGUUGAUUCAGUUGUAUGAGACCCAGCGUGUUCGACACGGAAUGAUGGCCCUGGGACCAAGCGGUGCCGGCAAGACGAAGUGCAUCAACAUUCUAAUGAAGGCCAUGACUCAGUGUGGAGCCCCGCACAAAGAGUACCGAAUGAAUCCCAAGGCUAUCACUGCGCCUCAGAUGUUUGGACGGCUUGACGUUUCUACCAAUGACUGGACUGAUGGUAUCUUUUCCACGCUGUGGAGACGAACCUUGAGGGCAAAGAAGGGAGAGCACAUCUGGAUUGUUUUAGAUGGUCCCGUGGACGCCAUCUGGAUUGAGAACCUCAACAGCGUGUUAGACGAUAACAAGACACUGACACUGGCAAACGGUGAUCGUAUUCCAAUGGCGCCCAACUGUAAAGUUGUCUUUGAGCCUCACAACAUUGAUAACGCUUCACCUGCUACGGUCUCGAGAAAUGGUAUGGUGUACAUGAGCUCAUCUGCGCUGGACUGGAGACCUAUUUUAGAGGGAUGGUUAAACACUCGUCCUCAACUGGAGAGAGAUGUCCUUUUCCCGCUGUUUGAGAGCGUCUUUGACGAAUUAAGGACAUUUGUGAUUCAGAAUUGUUUUCCAAAGAUGGAGGUCCUAGAGUGUAAUAACAUUGUCCAAGCCAUGAAUAUUCUGGAAGGUUUGAUUCCAGGCGAGGAUGCUCCUAAACAAGCCGAUGCGAGUCAUUUGGAAAAACUGUUUGUGUUUUGUCUCAUGUGGAGUGUUGGAGCUUUACUUGAGCUAGAGGAUAGGAAGAAGAUGGAGGGAUUUUUAGCUGGCAAAGACACCCUCAAGUUACCCCCAGCUGAUGGGCAAGACACAAUUUUCGAAUACUUGGUAAACGAACAAGGAGAUUGGGAACACUGGUCAGAGAGGGUUCCAGUGUACGAAUAUCCAAAGACCUCCAUUCCUGAGUAUGCGUCUAUUCUGGUACCAAACGUCGACAACACACGAACAGACUAUCUCAUCCACGCUUUGGCCAAACAGAGCAAGGCUGUGCUGUUGAUUGGUGAGCAGGGCUCGGCUAAGACAGUCAUGAUGAAGGGUUACUGUAGUAAAUAUGACCCAGAACAGCAGCUCUUUAAAUCUAUGAACUUCUCCUCUGCAACCACGCCAAAUAUGUUCCAGCGUACCAUCGAGAGUUAUGUGGACAAACGAAUGGGCACAACAUACGGUCCACCAGCAGGCAAGAAAAUGACUGUGUUUAUUGAUGAUAUCAACAUGCCAAUCAUUAAUGAGUGGGGAGAUCAGAUCACGAACGAAAUUGUCAGACAAGUAAUGGAAAUGAAAGGAUUCUACAGUCUUGACAAACCGGGAGAUUUCACCAACAUUGUCGACAUUCAGUUUGUGGCUGCCAUGAUUCAGCCCGGCGGAGGACGAAACGACAUACCAAGCCGACUCAAACGCCAGUUCACCAUCUUGAACUGCACACUGCCUGCAAAUGCUUCCAUCGACAAGAUCUUCAGCUCCAUCGGUAGUGGAUACUUCAACGCCGAUCGCGGUUUCCCUGAAGAGGUGCAGAAAAUGAUCCAACCUUUGGUGUCGUGCACGAGAAAGCUUUGGCAAAAGACAAAAGUUAAGAUGCUGCCGACACCAGCCAAGUUCCAUUAUAUUUUCAAUUUGAGGGAUCUCAGUCGAAUAUGGCAGGGCAUGUUGACUGUGACGUCUGAAGUGGCCACCACUCCCGCCGUUUUCCUGAAUCUAUGGAAACACGAGUGUAACCGAGUCAUUGCUGAUCGCUUCACAAACCAGCAAGACAAGGAUUGGUUCGAGAAGACGCUGAAACAGGUCAUAGAGGAAGACUUCGAUGCAGACACAGCCAACUUGAUGGACGCCGAACCUUACUUUGUGGAUUUCUUGAGAGAUGCUCCAGAACCAACUGGUGAGGAGCCCGAGGAUGCAGAUCUAGAAGCACCAAAGGUGUAUGAACCUGUGGUGUCACUGGACUCGCUCAAAGAUCGACUGGGUUCGUUCAUUGUAAGCUACAAUGAAAUGGUCCGUGGAGGGCACAUGGACCUGGUAUUUUUCAAGGACGCCAUGGUGCAUCUCGUAAAGAUUUCUCGCAUCAUCCGAACUCCUCGAGGUAACGCUCUGUUAGUAGGCGUUGGUGGUUCAGGAAAGCAAAGCUUGACGCGUCUUGCUUCCUUCAUUGCUGGCUACGACAUCUUCCAGAUCACUCUGACAAGGUCCUACAACGUCACCAACUUGAUGGACGAUCUUAAAGUGCUGUACAGAACUGCUGGACAUCAAGGAAAAGGAAUCACGUUUAUAUUCACAGACAACGAGAUCAAAGAUGAAGGAUUCUUGGAGUACAUGAACAAUGUGAUAGCUUCAGGAGAGGUGUCCAAUUUGUUCGCUCGGGACGAGAUUGAUGAGAUCACUCAGGAUUUGAUAAAUGUCAUGAAGGCCGAGUAUCCAAGGAGACCACCAACCAAUGAGAAUCUGUAUGACUACUUCAUCACUCGUGUCAAGAAUAACCUGCAUGUUGUACUCUGCUUUUCACCAGUGGGGGAGAAGUUCCGUAAUCGUUCUCUGAAAUUUCCCGGACUGUUCAGUGGUUGCACAAUGGACUGGUUCAGCCGCUGGCCUAAAGAUGCAUUAAUUGCUGUCGCCUCACACUUUCUGUCCUCAUUUGAAAUUGUUUGUUCUCAAGAAACGAAAGUGGCUGUUGUCAAUACGAUGGGCAUCAUACAGGACAACGUUGCAGAGAUGUGUGUGCAGUACUUUGAACGAUUCCGUCGACAAACUCACGUGACACCGAAGUCCUACCUAUCUUUCAUUAGUGGUUACAAAGGAAUCUACAAGAUGCAGCACGAAGCAAUUGGUCUCCUGGCCACGCGCAUGAACACUGGCCUCGCCAAGCUUGUGGAAGCAAGUGAGUCAGUAGCAAAGCUUUCUGAAGAGCUCGUUGUCAAGGAAAAGGAACUUGCUGUAGCCUCGAAGAAGGCAGACGUGGUGCUGCAGGAGGUGACCGUCAGCGCUACGGCUGCAGAGAAGGUCAAAUCACAGGUUCAAAAAGUUAAGGACAAGGCACAGGCUAUUGUUGAUGAGAUUGCGGAGGACAAAGCGGUAGCAGAGGAAAAGCUUGAGGCUGCCAAACCAGCUUUAGAGGAGGCUGAAGCCGCUCUUCAGACCAUCAAACCAGCGCACAUUGCCACCGUCAGGAAACUGGCCAAGCCGCCUCACUUGAUCAUGCGCAUUAUGGACUGCGUGCUACUGCUGUUUAACCGAAAAAUCGAUCCCGUGACCCCCGAUCCUGAAAAGCCUUGUUGCAAGCCAUCCUGGGGUGAAUCUCUAAAACUCAUGAGUGGUGGAGGAUUCUUGAACAACUUGCUAACUUUUGCAAAGGAUUCCAUCAACGAAGAAACUGUGGAGCUGCUGAUGCCUUACCUCGAGAUGGAGGACUACACCAUGGAAAAUGCCAAGAAAGUUUGUGGUGAUGUGGCUGGGCUGGCAUCCUGGACCAGAGCUAUGGCCUUCUUCUUCGGAAUCAACAAAGAAGUUCUUCCUCUCAAGGCCAAUCUGAUCAUUCAAGAAGCUCGCUUACAGAAAGCAACAAGUGAGCUGAAUGAAGCUCAGGCACAGUUGGAUGAAAAACAGCGUGAACUGGAUGCCGUGCAAGCUAAGUACGAUCAGGCCAUGCGCGACAAGCAAACGCUAGUUGACGACGCGGAGGCGUGCAGGAGGAAGAUGGCUAACGCGACAGCGCUGAUCGAUGGAUUGGGAGGCGAGAAAACGAGAUGGACCGAACAGAGCAAGAAAUUUGACCAACAGAUUCAAAGGUUGGUUGGUGAUGUGUUGUUGGCCACAGGGUUCUUAUCCUAUUCUGGGCCGUUUAACCAGGCGUUCAGGACUUUGUUACUUGACAACUGGAAAAAAGAAAUGAGAAAAAAGAAGAUUCCUUUCUCAGAGGAUUUGAAUCUGGUGAACAUGCUGACAGAUGCUGCUACGCUUGGUGAAUGGGCCCUUCAGGGAUUACCGAGUGAUGAACUCUCAGUCCAGAACGGUAUCAUCGUCACCAAGGCUGCACGAUAUCCCCUUCUUAUUGACCCUCAGGGCCAAGGGAAAGCGUGGAUCAGAAAGAAAGAAGGACCGAACGAAUUGCAGGUCACAGCCCUCAACCACAAGUAUUUCCGAACGCAUUUGGAAGAUGCGCUCUCUUUGGGAAGACCGCUGAUCAUCGAGGAUGUGGGCGAAGAGCUUGACCCUGCUCUUGACAAUGUACUGGAGAAAAACUUCAUCAAGUCUGGCAAGACGUUUAAGGUCAAAGUAGGUGACAAGGAAGUGGAUGUUAUGGAGGGCUUCCGUCUCUACGUCACCACCAAGCUUGGUAACCCCUCAUACACACCGGAAGUUAGUGCCAAGACCGCCAUUAUCGAUUUCACGGUCACAAUGAGCGGCCUGGAAGAUCAGCUGCUUGGAAGAGUAAUCUUAACAGAGAAGCAGGAACUAGAAGCUGAGCGCACCAAACUGAUGGAAGAAGUGACCGCGAACAAGCGUAAAAUGAAGGACCUGGAGGACAAUCUGCUAUAUCGACUGACUAGUACCCAGGGCUCCCUGGUUGAAGAUGAGUCUCUGAUCCAGGUUCUUAGCGUCACUAAAUCUACUUCAGAGGAAGUGAGUGAGAAGUUGUUGGUUGCCGCGGAGACUGAAUUGAAGAUCAACACUGCUCGGGAGGAAUACAGACCAGUGGCCACACGAGGCAGUAUCCUGUAUUUCCUGAUAGUCGAGAUGUCUUACGUGAACGUUAUGUACCAGACCUCUCUCAGGCAGUUCCUGGGUUUGUUUGACAUUUCAAUGGCACGUUCCCAGAAGUCUCCGAUUCCCGCCAAACGAAUCCAGAACAUCAUCGAUUACUUGACGUUUGAGGUGUUUCGCUACACGACGCGUGGCCUGUAUGAAGAACACAAGUUCCUCUUCACUUUGCUGCUGACUUUGAAGAUUGAUUUGCAAGAGAAAAAGAUUCGCCACGAUGAAUUUAAGGUUCUUAUCAAAGGUGGUGCCGCGCUUGAUCUGAAUGCUGUGGAACCCAAGCCUAAGAAGUGGAUCUUGGACAUGACCUGGUUGAACCUUGUUGAACUCAGCAAACUGCCUCAAUUUACACAGCUACUGGGACAGGUUGCAAAUAACGAAUCAGGGAAAGCUUGGAAGACCUGGUUUGACUCUGAAGCCCCAGAGGAUACUCCCAUACCCGAUGGAUACCAGGGCUCUCUCGACACAUUCAGGAAGCUUCUGCUUAUCAGAGCCUGGUGCCCAGAUCGUACUAUUAACCAGGCUCGACGUUACAUCAGUGACGCCAUUGGAAAAGAGUACGCUGAGGGCGUGAUUCUUAACUUGGAAAACAUGUGGGAGGAGAGUGAUAUCAGAACACCAAUGAUUUGUUUCUUGUCAAUGGGUUCAGAUCCUACAGCGUCCAUCGAGGCUUUGGCCAAGAAACAACGUUUAGACUGCCGGGCCAUCUCCAUGGGGCAAGGACAAGAAGUGCACGCGCGGCGUCUGUUGGGACAGUUUAUGAACGAGGGAGGCUGGGUACUACUGCAGAACUGUCACUUGGGACUCAACUUCAUGGAUGAGUUGUUGGAGACGAUCACAAGCACUGAGAAUGUGAACGAAAAAUUCCGUUUGUGGAUUACGACUGAAGUUCAUCCUAAAUUCCCAAUAACUCUUCUCCAGUCCUCCAUCAAGUUUACUAAUGAGCCCCCGCAGGGAAUCAAGGCUGGUCUGAAGAGAACGUAUGCUGGAAUCACACAGGAUCAACUCGAUGUGACUAACAUGCCUCAGUGGAAACCAAUGCUGUACGCAACAGCUUUCUUGCACACCAUUGUUCAAGAACGACGCAAGUUUGGACCUCUUGGAUGGAACAUCCCUUAUGAAUUCAACUCCGCUGAUUUGACAGCAUCUGUGCAGUUUAUUCAGAAUCAUCUUGAUGACAUCGAUCCAAAGGCGGGUGUUUCAUGGGUCACAGUACACUACAUGCUUGGUGAGGUUCAGUACGGUGGUCGCGUCACAGACGACUUUGACAAACGCCUGCUUAACACCUUCGCCCGCGUGUGGUUUAGUCAGGAAAUGUUUAAAGACGCCUUCAAGUUUUACCAAGGCUAUAACAUCCCUCGCUGCUCGCAGAUUGCGGACUUCAGAUCUCACAUAGAUGAGAUGCCGUUGUCGGACACUCCAGAGGUGUUUGGUCUUCACUCAAAUGCUGACAUCACAUAUCAGACAAAAACCACUUCAGAUGUAUUGGAGACCAUUGUGAACAUUCAACCCAAAGACAGCUCAGGUGGAUCAGGAGAGACCCGUGAAUCACUAGUUGCUCGCCAGGCUACUGAGAUGUUAGACAAGUUGCCGGUGGAUUACGUUCCUUUUGAGGUUAAAGCACGCCUUCAAAAAAUGGGUGCAUUGACGUCGAUGAACAUUUUCCUUCGUCAAGAGAUUGAUCGAAUGCAGAGAGUAAUAACAGCGGUGAGGAACACACUGGUGGACCUCAAACUGGCCAUAGACGGUACCAUUAUCAUGAGUGAGAACUUGAAGGAUGCUUUGGACAAUAUCUAUGACGCUCGAGUACCCGCCUUGUGGAAGAAGAUUUCUUGGGACUCCACCACUCUGGGGUUCUGGUUUACAGAGCUCAUCGAGCGUAAUAAUCAAUUCUCGUCGUGGCUGUUUGAAGGGAGACCCACUGCAUUCUGGAUGACUGGUUUCUUUAACCCUCAGGGUUUUCUCACAGCCAUGAGACAAGAAAUUACGCGUGCGCACAAAGGCUGGGCUCUCGACAACGUGGCACUUGCCAAUGACGUCACCAAAAUGAUGAAAGAAGAUGUUUCGUCAUCACCGGCAGAAGGUGUCUACGUGCACGGUCUGUUCUUGGAUGGCGCUGGAUGGGACCGAAGAAACUGCAGGCUCACGGAACCUUCGCCGAAAGUUCUGUUUACCGCUCUUCCAGUGGUGCACAUAUUCGCAGUGAAUACUGCUGCUCUGGUCAAAGACUCGAAAGACAACAAAGAUGCGCUUAAAUUUUACGAGUGCCCUGUUUACAAGAAACCCAGACGUACGGACUUGACGUACAUUUUCUGCUUGAACCUCAAGACUUCACAACAUCCCGACCACUGGAUUUUACGUGGCGUCGCCUUGUUGUGUGACACAAAGUAGUGUAAUAUGACAACUAUUUACAUGAGCUCCUUUUCGCUUUGCUUUAUAAACGGUUUUUUUCCAACUCGUUUCGAGAAUUUAUGUAGUUUUGGUUCCUCUGAAGGUAGAAAGAGUAUAGUUGGCGUGUGGAGUUGUUAACUACAAAGUUUUUUAAACCACAAUUGUUUAUAGAAUUUAUUUUUUGUUUAACAUUGUAAAAAUUGGUUUAUACUUAGGGCACUGAAUGUGGUUAUUCGGCGUGUGAUUGAGUAAAUAAUUUACGAGGUGGGCUCGGUCAUAACAUAACUUUCGUGCAUAAAAUGCUGUUGAUUUGCAAAUCAACGAAGAGUGAAUUAAUUUAUAUUUAUUAUAAAAAGAGCGUGAAUCGUAAUAAACGGAGCUGUAAACAAAGGAUGGAGAGUGGUUUUGAGAGAUGGGAGAAGGAAGCGAGGAAAGGGGUGUGAGGGACCCAUAGUUUUUUAUUCUUGUCACGAGUAAUCUUGACUGAAAUUUUCGUUGUUCUUUUUGGCAUGUUGCAAACUGAACAUGCUUCAAAAUCCCAUGAAAACAAAAGAUACUAUAGAAGGAAAGUCUCAGUAAAACUGGUACAUUCUAUUGGCUGGUAACGCCUUGAGAUCUGACUGACAGUUGGGCGUGAAAAUCACCAGGGAGCACUGACUGGUUUAUUACAUGUUUUAUCACUUCAAAAUAAAUCUCAAAUUAUGAAAACAAA